AUGGAUGGUAAAUUGGUGAGAGAAAUGCCCAAGAACUUUUCUUACAUCGAUUUUAGGAAAUUCCUUACAGAAGAAUCUGCCAAGGGGAAGCAGUUCAUUACGUUUUUGGACAACUACAAGACUGAGGUUCCUGACAUAAUCGGACAAUACAGACAUGAGUGUCACGAGGAUUCAAGUUCAUCAAAAGCGUGUUGUCCGUUGCGUGGGAACCCGCGGAGACGUUGCAAGGCCUGUUGGUUGCGUGCGGGCCUGGAGAACCUUUGCGACCUCGACUUUCGGACAUACAAGGGCAUGAUGUUGUGCUUGCCGGAGCAUAUGCAUGUCAAGUUGCCGCCGCGAUUUCGGUUUGCCGACAAGGCAAAAAGAGGCGCUGCUGCUGCUGCUGACGACGACAACGACGACGACGACGACAUCGACGACGACGAGCAUUACGGGCAUUUGUUGGAAGAGGUGGAUGAUCUGAAGUUUGCAGAAGGGGUGGAUAGUGUCGAGUUGCUGCAUCUUUCAAUUUGCGUGUGGAACUCCAGUAAAUAUGGUACUGCCGUAACUGGGAGGUGCGUGAGGCAAUGGGAGGAUCCUUACUCCUCUUACAUUUACUCUUUGGACACGGAUCGAGGAAACCUGGUUGUCGCUGGAUAUGCCGAAAAUAGCAUAGUUCGAAUUUUCGACUGUCGAACUGCCGUGCCCGUGAAGGAAAUGUACGUGACGAGGUUGAGAUCGCCGAUCUACAGCGUCUCUUUCGACACGUGUGCAAUUUAUGCUGCGCUGGAUGUAGCGUUGAUGAUGGUGGAUUUUAAUCACUGUGUCAAACAUUAUCGUGUCAAUGCCGACACAGCCACGCUUCACUGCGUGAAUUCUUCAUUCGUCAAGGAAGAAAGACUUCCGCGAAAUCUUCGCCGAGGCUUCAGAUGACCAUGACAAUGAUCACUGCCUUCAAUCCAUGUUUUAUUUUCUAAAAUGUUUCUACUAACGAAAAGAAAAUGUACCGUUUCUCGUUACCGAAUGCUUCGUGAUGUGUGAAUUUUUUUUCUUGAAUUGCACAACUUGGAAAGUGAAGGAGAAACUUGUCGAGCGAUAAAAUGGAUAUAUUUUA